CAGGACUUCAUAAUGAGCUCCAACAGCACAGACCCUGGCCUCUACCUGACCGUCAGCUCCCCAGGAAUGGGCAUCGACUACCCAGACACCAACGUUCUCCACAUGGACAGCUGGCCAGAGCUAACCAGCCCAGAUGACAAUGACUCCUUCCUCAGUGGCCUCUUCAACUUUACAGGCUCGCUCAAUGAGACGAGGACCUCUCUGACCUAUGACCCUCUUGGGGGUCACACAGUGUGGCAGGUGGUCCUUAUCGUCUUUUUCACCGGCCUCCUGUCCCUGGUCACCAUCAUUGGCAACAUCCUGGUGGUUGUAUCCUUCAAGGUCAACCGCCAGCUCAAGACUGUCAACAACUACUUCCUGCUCAGCCUAGCCGUGGCUGACCUCAUCAUCGGGGUCAUCUCCAUGAACCUCUACACCACCUACAUCAUCAUGGGCCAGUGGGCCCUAGGCAACUGGGCCUGUGAUCUGUGGCUGGCUAUUGACUAUGUGGCCAGUAACGCAUCCGUCAUGAACCUGUUGGUCAUCAGCUUUGACCGCUACUUCUCCAUCACCCGGCCCCUCACCUACCGUGCCAAGCGGACCACACAGCGGGCUGGCCUGAUGAUCGGCCUGGCCUGGUUCGUGUCCCUGGUCCUGUGGGCCCCAGCCAUCCUGUUCUGGCAGUACUUUGUGGGGGAGCGCACAGUGCCCCCUGAUAAGUGCUACAUCCAGUUCCUCUCAGAGCCCAUCAUUACAUUCUGCACGGCUAUUGCUGCCUUUUACCUGCCUGUCACUAUUAUGAGUGUGCUCUACUGGCGUAUCUACAGGGAGACGCAGAUCCGUGCACGGGAGCUGGCGGGCCUGCAGGGCUCAGGGAGCCGAGGCAGGGGAGGGGAAAGGGCUCACUUCGUCCACCACCAGGCUGGGAGCGCCAGGAGCUGUAACAGCUAUGAGCUGAGCCUGUCCUCCCAGAAGAAGAGCCCCAGCCAGGCGCUGGCCGCACGCUUCCACUGCUGGCCCAUGAUGCGCUCCUGGAGGCCUGGCAACGCCCGGCCCGUAGAGGGGGAUGCCGACCACAGCAGCAGCGACAGCUGGAACAACAACAACGCCAGGCUGUCAGUGGACCACUCGGGCUCCUCUGAGGAUGAGGAGGGAAACGGUAGAGGGAUGAUGCCCCAGGGCCACGCCAUCUUCUCCAUAGUGCUCAACCUGCCGGGGAUGAAGGCAGCCGUCAACUCCCACCUCACCUCCUGCGAGGACCUGGACAUAGCCUCAGAAGAGGACCUCCUGAGGGGGGAGGAGGACAGCCGGGACAGCCUCUCUACCAUCACCACCACCACCACCACCACCACUACUACCACCCCUGAUGGGGCCAACACAGACACCAACAGCCACCACCAACGCUUCCCCUCCCGGAUCUCCAGAGUCCAGUCCAUGCCUGCCAUCCAGGCCACCAGAGUGGGGCCGAUCUCUGGCUCCCCUGCCACCACCACCAAAUCACCCUCGAUGCCGAUCUCCUUCAGAGAGGCAGCUCUAGCCAAGAGAUUUGCCUCCAGGGCACGGACGCAGAUCACCAAGCGCAAGCGCAUGUCUCUGGUAAAGGAGAAGAAGGCGGCACAGACCCUCAGCGCCAUUCUGUUUGCCUUCAUCAUCACAUGGACACCCUACAACAUCAUGGUGCUGGUCAACACCUUCUGUAAUGGCUGCAUCCCUGAGGCUCUGUGGGCACUGGGCUACUGGCUAUGCUACGUCAACAGCACCGUCAACCCCAUGUGCUACGCCUUGUGCAACAAGACCUUCCGCACCACCUUCAAGAUGAUACUGCUCUGCCACUGGGACCAGCGCAAGCGGCGGCGGAAGCAGCAGUUCCAGGCACGGCAGUCAGUUGUGUUCCACAGGAGAAUUCCUAAAGACUGAACGUAGCGAGAUACAGACCCAGUGAGAAUCUGGUGGUGAUGAUGAUGAGUCUAGAAUCUGAGAAUUCACAGGGAGUUGUUGCUGUGAUGUCUGAUGUUUUCUGUGGAGCCACAACCUCCCCAGUGACAUAUUCCUCGGUUACUUCAGGAGAGCUCCUGUGGGGAAAGGUUCCUCUAGAUCAUUGCAAAGAAGUGCAGCUGAAAAGACUGAAAGUAAAAACCAAUAGAGCAAGGGCUUUAAAUGCAUUGGGGGGCCAAUUCAAAGUGCAAUUGAUACCAAGGGAGAUUAUAUGAUAUAACAUUUGUUAUGGAUUUGGGUUUUCCAUUUCUUACCAUUUCUUUCAUGGUCGUCAGAUCUGUAACGUACAGAGCAGUUUGGGUUUUCAAAGUAAACUGUGCAUCUGUACUGUAAUAUAGUAUAUAAAGCAAAGGCCAAAACAUGUUGUGUCAAUAGACUGCAUUGUAUUGAUUUUGAGCUCCCUUUUGGCUAACUGAACUUGAUUUCUUUGUUAUUUUUUAAUUUUUUUACUCUGACUUCUUUACAUUGCCUUCCACUUUGAUAUAGCUUUCUUGUGUCUUAUAAAAUGAGAGAUUUAAAACAAAACAGUGUCCUGUUUGUGACGACCAGUGUUUCAAAGUUUUUUAGACUUUCCUCUAUAGAUUCUGAGCCAGUCUGAAAAUAAAUAAUGAAUUUUGACUAUUCUACGGCACCUCAAAGAGCUGCUCUUGUGUUCAGUGUGAGUUGUUGUUUACAUGGUCGAGACUUAUUCAAUUGUUGUUUAUAUUGAGAGUAAUGGUAUAUUGCUAUUUCUAACUACCUAAUGAUUGACUGUACUCUAAAGAGAUCAGUCACUAUGAAUUGUAAUGUUUUGAUUAUUAGAUUAUAUUUGAAAAGGUUUCUCAAUUUCUUCUCACUGGCUGCCCAAAUGUAAUUCCCUAACUAAGAUAUUGGUCUGUGGUCCCUAGAUGAACCCUCUCUCUCUCUCCUAGAGGAUUUAGCAGUGCCACAGCAGCAUCUGCUGGAUGAAUAGAAUUCUACACUCUAGUAACUUCCAGUUUACUUCCAUCAGGGAAAAGCUGUUGUGGGGCCAUAAGUAAGUGGGAGAUUCUCAAUUGGGUCAAAGUCUGUACUCUCCUUGACUCCUCCAUGCUCGUCUCCUCCGUGACCUGGAAACCGAAAAGUGGUAGCCAUAUGUUGGAGAGUUUCAAUUUGUUAAUAGGCAAACGGAGGAGUUUGUUCUUCUCCUCUGGCCAGAAAUCCAAUUUGAGAUUCUCCCAUAAAAUCCCAUGGCUGAUAGCUGAGAAUAGAUACAAAACUUAAAAGAGACUGGUUAGACUAGCUUAGACCUGCUACAUAUGACAUAUGGAGCUGAAAAGUGGUGCUUUUCAUUUCAGUGAUUUCCAAAAUUUAACAUUUCUAUCAAUUGUACAUCAAGUUAUUUGGCUGUGCAAACAGUGCAAUUUAAGGUGAUUUCUCUACAUGUUUUAAUAACACCCAUUGCUAAAAUAAUGUAAUAGCUAAAUUUUAAAAUGUACUUUUAUUAUGUGAUGCACAAUGCUUCAGGCCUGAAUGUGAUGAAUACUGUUCGAUAUUUUAAAAAAAUAACAACAUGGUUUUGCUGUUUAUUGUAUGUAUUACACUUCAGUUUGUAAAGACAUAGUGAAAGCAAAUACCAUACAUUUACAGUACGACAGGCAUGUUGAGUAUGUGAUAUCGAGAAGAAUGGCAGAAUGCUACCAUGUGGUGUAACACUUUAUAAUACCGUUCAGACAGGAACGUUAUUAUAAAGUGUUACCCAAUGGGGUAUGUAAGCCAGAUAAAGAUGAAAGAACAGAGAAAUUAUUCAGUGUUUGAAUUGCCAAUGGAUAUUUCUGCUGCUUUCAACAGCAUGUGCCACAGUGUUAUUAUACUCCUGAUCAAGUACAGUUUUUAUGUUUGAGAUGUGAACUACCUGAAGUCAGAUCAAAUUAAUAGCAAAAUAUAACUUUUAUUGUUUUUUGUUACAUUUCAAGUAUGCUAAUCGUAUCCA